GCGGAGCCGGCGCUGGGCGCGGAGGCUGCCGGGAGCGGAACUCGGCCGCGGCGGAUGUUGACAGUGGUGACCCACACCAGGCUGGGUGGCCCGCUGAGGAAGAUAGCGCUGUAUCAAAAUGGCUGAUGAUAAUGAAGAGCUGCAGGCAGAUGAAGAGCUCCCAGCUCCAGCUGAGGACAACUUUGAGCAGCUGGAGAACAACAGCCCCGCAGAGCGCAGUGGGCAUGUAGCAGUCACUGAUGGACACUGCAUGUUUGUUUGGGGAGGCUAUAAGAAUGCUCAAGUUAGGGGAUUUUAUGACUUCUAUCUGCCUAGAGAUGAAAUAUGGAUCUACAGCAUGGAAACUGGAAGAUGGAAUAAAAAAAAAACAGAGGGGGAUGUUCCACCUUCCAUGUCAGGCAGUUGUGCUGUGUGUGUAGACAAAGUAUUGUAUUUAUUUGGAGGGCAUCAUGCACGUGGCAAUACAAACAAGUUCUACAUGUUAAACUCCAGAUCCAAGGACAAAGUGUUGCAGUGGGUUAGAGUAGAAUGUCAAGGUGUUCCCCCCUCAUCAAAGGACAAACUUGGAGUUUGGGUUUAUAAAAAUAAGCUAAUAUUUUUUGGAGGUUAUGGUUAUUCGCCUGAAGGGAUACCAAUAGGAACUUUUGAAUUUGAUGAAACCUCUUUUUGGAACUCAGGUCAGCCUAGAGGAUGGAAUGAUCACGUACAUGUUCUGGACACUGAAACCUUUUCUUGGAGCCAGCCCAUAACCACGGGUAAAUCCCCCUCACCCCGAGCAGCCCAUGCCUGCGCUACAGUUGGGAACAGAGGCUAUGUGUUUGGAGGCAGAUACCGAGAUUCUAGAAUGAAUGAUCUUUAUCAUCUUAAUUUGGACACAUGGGAGUGGACUGAAAUAAUUACACAAGGCAUUUGCCCACUAGGCCGAUCUUGGCAUUCCUUAACUCCAGUUUCAUCAGAUCACCUAUUUCUCUUUGGAGGGUUUACCACUGAUAAGCAGCCACUGAGUGAUGCUUGGAUUUAUUGUAUCAGUAAGAAUGAGUGGAAACAGUUUGAGCAUAAUUAUUCUGAAAAACCAAGGCUGUGGCAUACAGCUUGUGCUAGUGAAGAAGGAGAGGUGAUUGUUUUUGGUGGCUGUGCCAACAACUUGCUUGCCCAUCACAAAGCAGCUCAUAGUAAUGAGAUACUUGUGUUUUCUCUGCAACCAAAAUCUCUUGUAAGGCUGUGCCUAGAAGCAGUCAUUUGCUUCAAAGAGAUAUUAGCCAACUCAUGGACCUGCCUCCCAAAGCACUUGCUUCACAGUGUCAAUCAGCGGUUUGGAAGUAACAAUACAUCUGGCUCUUAAGACUUCUGCUAUCAGUUACUUCUGUGAACAGCCUGUGCAUGGAUGAGCAAUUCUAAAGGAUGUAAUAAUUUUACCAACCACGACUUGUAUAAAUAUCUGCAUUGUCCUUGGUAGUAGCUUGUUGGUUGUAAGUUGCAUGUGAAUGGCUUAGAGAGAACUUAUUUUUGUGUAAAGAUGUUUGCAAUAAAUGUAUUUAAUGCAA